ACUUAAAUGGUAAUCCACGCCCGGUUAUAAAUUCAAAAGGUAAACGUCGGCGGCCCGGAACAAAAACAUUACAGGGUGUUUUGAAAUGUCAAGACGAAGUUUUCUUGGACUUUAUAUCGCGUUGUCUGCAUUGGGAUCCUGAGAAACGAAUGAAGCCGGAUGAAGGUCUUAUGCAUGAAUGGAUAACUGAUGUGAAACUUAAU